CACGUUAAUUUAUAAUAAUACGAAAUGUAAUAUAAAGACAGACUACUGUAAAUAUGACAUUUUUAAUCAGACUGAUGGGUUAUUGUUAUGAAUUUGAUUUGUUUGUUUCUUUGUGAAUUAUGAUAUUUCAAUGAGAAUCAUCACUGUCUGUAGCGCUGAUGACGUCAUUAGUUGAAUGAACUUCAGUGUUGAUCUGAUAAACUCUCACUUCUCUCUUCAGUCUCUCUCUCUGUGUGUGUGUGUGUGUGGAGAGCGAUGGCCACACCGUUUGUUCCUGUGCCGGUGCCCAUAGACAGAGCCCCGCAGGCGGACAGUAAGAGAGCCGCCCCGCCGUGUCAGAGUCCCGUCACCCGCGCCAGACUCAACGGCACCGAGCGCUCGGUGGAAUAUUCCAGUUACCCGCAUCCGAACAGCCCGCCAGAGACCCCGGGUCUGAGCUGGGAGGAGCGGCCCAUCACACCAACCGUGCUGGGGUACGAGGUGAUGGAGGAACGGGCCAAAUUCACAGUUUAUAAAGUUCUGGUGAAGAAGACUCCAGAAGAGAGUUGGGUCGUGUUCAGACGCUACACAGACUUCUCAAGACUCAACGACAAGCUGAAGGAGAUGUUUCCUGGAUUCCGCUUGUCUCUUCCUCCAAAGCGUUGGUUUAAAGAUAAUUAUGAGACAGAUUUCUUGGAGGACAGACAGCUCGGCUUGCAGGCGUUCCUCCAGAACCUCGUGGCCCAUAAAGACAUCGCCAACUGUGUGGCAGUUCGGGAAUUCUUGUGUCUGGACGAUCCGCCUGGCCCGUUUGACAGUCUGGAGGAGAGUCGGGCAUUCUGUGAGACACUAGAGGAGUGUAACUACAGGCUUCAGAAGGAACUUCUUGAGAAACAGAGAGAAAUCAGCUGCUUAAAGAAAAUACUGCAGGAGAAAGAGCUUCAUAUUCAAGCACUUGAAAGAAGAAUCAAUGGAAAUGUGGUCACUCCAGACAGUCCGUGUUGUGUGUCCGGUGCGGGCAGCACUGAGAGCAGUGUGGACGUCGAGUCUUCUGCCAUUGAAGCCGAUCAGGAGCUGCCGCAUGAAAAUGAUUGUGCGGUUCAGUCGGGUCAGGGUUCAGUGUGUUGGUGCGGUCCGGUCGUCAGCAGUGCUUCUCCUCCAGUUAUUCAGGUCACUCAUCUGGAACACUGACCGACAGGAAGUGUCUGUAUCUCUCCUCUCUGUGUCUGUGGACAGACAGAUGCUCCUGUCAUGUGAUGAGACGUGUUUGCUCAGCUUGAGAGGAAUGACUCGUGUUUAAUCUCAGCCAAAGACUGACGCUCUGCCCAAAGACACAAACGAAUGCACGACUCACUGAACUACAGGAAGCAGAAUUGUUUUUCUCUAACAGUCCAGCGCUCCAGCGACACUGAAUCCAUGUGAAUCGAGUCUGAACAAGGAAAACAUCUCUGUCUGUUCUCAGGAUCACGUUUAUGUUAUUAUUAGUAAUAAUACUGGUGAAUUUGGUGAAAUUGAGGUAUGAGUGACAUGAACACAUGUUGUUUGUCAGGUUUCAUCUCUGAUUCUGGUUUCUUCAUGUUCAGAAUAUGAGAUUUAUUUUAUGUAAUUUCAGAAGAUGGUCAUCAUUCACUUAAUUCUGUAAUAUUGACUUCAGUGACAUGUAGCUUCAUAAUGAACUGGUCAGAUUUGUUCUCUCUUCAGUCUUGGCCUUAAAUAUUUGGGUGAAGUUUAAUAAAUUAUACAAUCAUGCAGCGCUUCUGUGGGAUGAAAUGCUGCUAGUUCUAGUUUUUCACUUCAAUGUCCUGCAUCACUACAAGCCAUAUUUACUUGUGCGUGUCUUAAUGUGCUCACAUGUUUACGUUAAAUGUAGGGUUAGCUGUACCAGGUCACAUGAUGCACUUUAAGGUCCAGAGGGAUUAUGGGACAGAUGUGUCUAAACUACUUGAUCAUCAUGUUUGAACACAAGAUUCCUGUAGAGCAACGUGCCUUUCCACAAACACAAUGAGAAUUUCACCCGAUGACACGGUGCCUUGCGGCUUUUCCCUUUGCAUCAUUUUAUAUAUUUAUUUGACUUGCAUAUUAAAUUUUGCUUUGGAUGUUUUUGCUUUUGGAUAUUUCAAAUGGUCUCUUUGGAUGAUUUGUGAAUGACAAUGUUUUUAUUAAUCCAAAUGUUCAUAGACGCAGGAAGUUAGGCAGACUCGCAGCGUUGUUCACCAGUGACUAUAAUGUAGACUUCAUAUUCAUCUUCUCUAUUAAACUCUGUUGUCACAUUUAUCCAAGUUUCAUAUUUGCAUUUUGCAGCAUGAUUUGAUGGCAUCCUCACUGAAGUUUGUAUCUGUCAUUCCAAGAUAAUGCAAACUGACAGAAAUGUGUUUUUAAAGGUGUCAUACAUUUUCUUUCUCUGGUUUUCAGCUCAGAUGAGUAAUCGCUUUCUUUUCUAAUUCUUCUGUUUUUAGUUAAAACAUGCUAAAACUGAUUACUAUAUAAACUCACUUUAUGCAAAAAUGGUUAUGUUCAGAAAAUAAUAGAUUGACUAAUUAUACAUUUUCAGUGUAAGGAUUUGCAAUGUUAUGUUUAUUAGAUAUGUUUUAUCUAAUAAAAAAAGGCUCUUUUGUGUCU